AUGUUGAGCAGAGUUUCCACCUCAGCAUUACGCAAAGGCUUGUGUACUGCUCCGAGGUGGAGUCUUCUACCUCGAAGCCGCCGCGGCCUGCUCACACUUGCCAUCGAAACUUCCUGCGACGACACAUCGGUAGCUAUCGUCGAGAAGGAAUCCAAUGCCGUCCAAAUCCAUUUCCUCGAUAAGGUGACAUGCGACACCAGCGCAUACCAGGGCAUCCACCCGGUCGUGGCUCUCGAAUCGCAUCAAGAGAAUAUCGCAAGUCUCCAACAAACGAUCAAUGUAUCGAGUGAUUCUCAAUUGCGCAGGAAACCCGACUUCGUAUGCUCCACUAGGGGACCAGGGUUCCGCUCGAACCUCUUUGUCGGGCUAGAUACAGGAAAGGCGCUUUCCGUCGCAUGGCAGGUGCCGUUCGUUGGAGUCCAUCAUAUGCAGGCUCAUCUGUUGACUCCUCGUCUUCCCAUCACUCCCGAGUUUCCCUUCCUCUCUAUCCUCAUCUCUGGCGGCCAUACAAUGCUAGUCAAGUCCUCCUCCAUAACCGACCACGAAAUCAUGGCUUCGACGGUGGACCGAGCCCUCGGAGAAGCUCUAGACAAGGCCGCCCGCGAAAUCAUUCCUCCUUUUCUCCUCCAGACGUCAAAGAGCACCAUGUACGGGAAAUUGCUAGAAGAGUUCGCCUUCCCGAACGGCAAAGCCGACUACGCCGACUACCAAGCUCCCAAAUCUCGCCACGACGAACUUAUCCCACGAGAAAACCCCUGGGGCUGGUCGUUCACAGAGCCGUGGGCCCACAGCCGUCAACUGCAAUACAGCUUCUGCUUCAUAGGCAGUACGCUGGCGAGGAUAUUUUCCGCUCGCGAAGCAGCCGGUCAAACUAUAAGUCAUGAGGAGAGGAUAGCACUCGCUCGGGAGGCAAUGCGGACUAGCUUUGAGCAUCUCGCGUCGCGCACUAUCAUGGCGCUGGAAAGCCUUGCGAAACAAGGGCCUGAGAAGGAGGUUAAGACCCUCGUUGUUAGUGGUGGCGUUGCGGCGAACCAGUACCUUAUGACUGUGUUGCGCUCGUGGCUGGAUGCCCGCGGGUUCGGGCACGUUGGGCUUGUUGCUCCUCCGCCAUACUUGUGUACGGAUAAUGCUGCUAUGAUUGCUUGGGCGGGUAUGGAGAUGUUUGAGGCGGGCUGGCGCACGAAUCUUACCUCUCGGGCUAUUAGAAAGUGGUCGCUUGAUCCGCGGGAGGGGGAUGGUGGUGUGCUGGGGCCAUUCGGGUGGGAAAGAGCUGAGGAUCAUUUUGUACAAUAG